ACCUCCAGCGCCUCCCUGUCAGAAAUUUCCAAGGUGGCCACAUGGAAGUCGCCAUCCACCUUAAUAAGUCAUUACAAACUGGAUGUGUUUCAAUCCGCUAAGGCGUCAUUUGGAAGGCGGGUCCUCCAACAGGUGGUGUUGGGGACCGCAGCCUCCUAGCAGCACCUUCCUUCCCUAGUCAAGAGGCCUUUUGUAAAUCCCAGAAUACAGGAUGUUGGGGCCUGUCUGCUGGGAAAACAAAUGUUGGUACUUACCCAUGAUACCUUCAUUUCUAGCAGACGAGGGUCCUAACAUCCUGCUAACCCUGGGUGCUCUCUGCGACCUCCGACCCUACCUGUUGGCAGAUCUGUCUUGAGUUUUUUCUGUUGGCUUGUAUUGGAUGAAUUCCUUCUUGAAUGGUUUUUGCUGUUAUUAAUAAAUGCUAGUUCCUUGGUUUUACCUUACUAUUCACUUGGCUUGUUAUUGACAGAGGCCCAGGUGGACUAGUUCCUCCCUCUAUAGGGGCCGAUCCUUUGUUUUGCUUGACCUUGCCUAUAGGAACAUAUUGGGAGGAGCUAACCCAGAAUACAGGAUGUUAGGCCCCUCAUCUGCUGGAAAGGAAGUAUCACGGGUAAGUACCAAUGUUCGUUUUUACUUUCUAGGAAUAGUGCCCCCAGUCCUUUGACUUGAAAGAGAUUCUGGCAACACAGUGAAGAGCCUCUUCGGCCAUAUUGGAACCUAUCUAGGAGCACCUGUCAAAGAUGGAAAAGCAAGGCCCAGCUGCUCUUGAAUUAGGAAAAGACCACCCAUGUCUUCAAGCUGGAAGCGGUGGAAAAUUCUGCAGAGAAACCACACAGAAGAGCCUGGCAGAAGAUAUGUCCCAUUCAGAGGUACAGUGGGAGCACUUCAAACACUUCCGCUACAAGGAGAUUGAGGGCCCCCGAAAGGUUUGCUGCCAACUCCGGGCUCUUUGCCAUCAGUGGCUGAAGCCAGAAAAGCACACCAAGAGUCAGAUCCUGGACAUGGUGAUCCUGGAACAGUUCUUGGCUGUCCUUCCCCCAGAAAUGGCAGCCUGGGUCAGGGAAUGUGGGGCAGAGACCAGUUCCCAGGCAGUGGCCCUGAGCGAAGGUUUCCUCCUGAGCCAGGCAGAGGAGAAGAAACAGGAAAAGCAGCAGGAGCUCAUUGCAGAAGUGGCUGGUGAUUUUCCUGUGGCAGAGAAAGCGCUUUCAGACUCUAGAAAGAGAGUCCAGUGCAAGUGGAUGGUACAGCAAGAUGAGAGAAGUACCACCAUAAUGAGUAAAGAAUCAGUGGGCGCUUCCCAGAUUGGUCUCCUCCUCUUGAGUGUGCCUGCAACAGGUAAUAAUAAUAGUAAUAUUUAUUUUAACUCCCUCUCCCUACAGAUCGAGGUGGGUUACAAUAAAAAGAAAUAAAAAUACAUAGCACAAUAUAAUAAUCAAUACAUAACACAAUACAUAAUACAAGAAUAAACAAUUAGACAAUCCCCAUCCCUCCACCAACAGCAAGAUAGUAACAGUCUAACACAAAUUACAUAGUUACAAUAAUAAAAUAAUUAUAAAACAGUAAAAACUGGGCAAAUGGAGUAGGACAGCCAGGGGCAGAUGGGCUGUCAUUUAAUGGGAGGUCAGUCUGGGAAGGCCUGCCAGAAGAGAUUCGUCUUGACUACCCUUUUAAAGGGGUCCAAGAUGGUUCCACACUUUCGGAGUGGCUGAUGAGAAGGCCCUCUGGGAAACUGCAGCCAACCUGGUCUUCCUAGGCUGCAGUAAAUUCUUCCCAGAGGACCUGAGUGUGCGGAGUGGAUUGUAGGGGAGGAGGCGCUUCUUCAAGUAAGCUGGACCCAAGCCAUGUAGGGCUUUAAAGGUGAUAACCAACACCUUGUACUGUGCCCGGAAGCUGAUUGGCAGCCAGUGGAGAAAAUUUAAAAUAGUUGUAAUAUGGUCAACUCAUAGGGCA